AUGUCAAAUAUAGGAAAAGUAAGUGAAUUUAUAUCAAUAUGUUUAUAACUUACACUAGAAUCAUCUAAAAUAAUAUCUUAAAUAUAAAAAUCAGGUUCUCUAGGUGAACAAUGGAAAGGAAAAAAUGAUCCUAUGACAAUAGCCGAUUUGAAAAGCCAAGCAUUAAUAAUAAAAGGAAUUCGUUAAUUUUUCCCUUAAAUAAAAAUAGUAGCCGAAGAAUAAAUAGAUUACACAGGAGAUUUAAAUUAUGAUUUCUAAAAAUUAAAUAAAAAAUUGAUUCCAGAAUAAUAUUUCUUAAAAAACAACUUAAAUAAUUAAUUAAAUAUAUCUGAUGCAGUAGUCUAUAUUGACCCUUUAGACGGUACUUUAUCCUAUGUAAAUGGAGAAUUAGACUCCGUAUGUACUCUUAUAGGAGUUACAAUAAACGGAUUGCCCACAAUAGGGAUUGUAGGACAACAUUAUGAUGAUAAUAAUUAAUAUAAUCCGAAAAUUUAUUUCGCACAUUCUUAGGUUAAUCAAGUUUUUUAUGCUUAUGGAAGCGAAUUAAAUGAAGAAGGAAGAUAGUUUUAUUUACCUUAUGAAUUUUAAAAACCUAUUUAUAAUUCAAAUUUGGAUAAUCUAGUAGCUACUAUUUCCCAAAACAGAAUUUCUUAGUAACAAUUAGAUACCAUAUAAGCACUUAAGCCCGUUUAAAUUAUCAGAAAAGGAGGUUUUGGAAAAAAAGGGUUGAUGGUAUUAGAAAAAUAAGCUGAUUAUUUAGUUUAUUUAUCCAAAGGAGCAUCUAGAUGGGAUAUUUGUGCUUUGGAGGCUAUAAUAUCAGCUGCUGGAGGAUUUAUUACUGAUAUAAAUGCCAAUAAUUAUUAAUAUGAUGAAAAUAUGGAAGAUUUUCAUAAUUAAAAUGGAGGUUUAAUGUCAAUGAAGAAAGAAGUUUUAGAUUAUAUUUCAGGUUAACUUUCAGAUUAUAAAAUAUGA